CACAACCCCCCCCUGGUCGCGCUGACCGUGAUGACAAGCAAGCUAAAGUGCCUGUCCACGAUGCUGCCCUCGUUUCCUACACUCCCUGGGCGAGUGACGAUAAAGAACAGAACCGCCGAUCUGCGAUCGGGUAGUGGCUGAACUGCGAUUCUCCGCUAUUACCGCCAAUCAUGAUCAAAUGUCACUUGAUAUUGGAUGGUCUCCCCUAUCGAUAAUCCUGAUCGGCGCAUAACUGUUGCCGCCUCCUCAUUUGGAUUUUCACACAGCAGCCGUUCUCCUCAGACUUACAUACACGAGGCGGAGAAAGAAGGCCAAUUUCGGAGCCACUGUCAUCAUUUAUCACUGACUGUCUGUCAGUCAUCGCAGUCGGUUCAGAAGGAGGGGCAACUAACACUACUGGGCUGUGGAAGAAAAGGAUCAAUCGUCCCUCCGUAUCCAUCACCUAGUGACUGGAACCCCCCUCCCAUCAAGCUAUCCACUAUCCACUAUCCACCACCUCGGCUGCUCCCCUCCUUUAUUUUGAAUUUCCACCCCCCCUGCUCUACCGUUAGCAUGCCAAAUGGAGUCAGGUCGUGGUACGUAUACACUUCUUGGCUAUUGUUAUUGCCUGGUAGGCUACUACGCCCUGACCGUGUCUUAGGUAAACUAGUCAAGAAGUUGGUGAUAGAUACUACUACGAUACUAGCCAGGUACCAACCACCGCCCAGCAGUAGCACCCACCCAUCUGGAGCUUGGGGGAUAUUUUUCCCUGGCAGAUAUGCAGCAUUUCCCAGUUCAUAACCCGUUCACACCGUUCUCACUGUCCACACACACACCUUGCCCGUCUAUCUAUCGGAGGUGCAUCUACAAACCAACUAGCUAGCCCACUUGGCAGCAGCAGCAGCAACAAGGAAAACAACCAAAAAAAAGAAAUCCAAGCUCAGGCACCACCCCUCAUUUAAUC